AUGGCGCCAAAACAAUCAUCUAUGCUCCCCGUGGAGCUGAUGGAAUCACAGUUGUCGAUAGUGGACCUCCUGGCAGCCAUGUUUCCGUCUCCAGGGGAGCUCGAGAUCCCGGCAUCGACAGCUGAAUGCAUUGAACUCCUCCGCAGCUGGUGCGAGAACCCAGCCGUAGAACCGUCUGCAAUCCCUUCCAGUAUAUUGCUCGCUGUUUGUUUACCAGUUCGAGACGGAGAGAAAACCAUCCAGGUCAACAUAUCAAUUCCAUUGCACUGCGAGGAUAUACAACUGGAACAGCCGCCGCCACUAAGUUAUUCAUUGCGCCAACCUGAAUGGAUGUCCAAAUCUGAGGUUGCUCAGCUGGCCGCUGGAAUGCCUGCAGGCGACGUGUUCGAGGCAUUCGAAUACAUCCAGGCAGAAGCCGUUCGCUUUCUCGAAACUCAGCAGAAUCCAGUCACUGGAACCACCCCUCACGUUUCUCUACCUAUUGUGAGGGUAUGGUUCUAUUUCCCAUCUCUUUCAACUCGGGAGAAACGGGAUGAUUUAGUCAAUCACGCGCCCGACUAUGGUCUCACGGGUUUCGUGUUGGCGGGCAAACCGGGCGUAUUAUGCCUAGAGGGGGAAUCACCCCAGAUUGAUGCGUAUAUGAAGUUUAUCAAGACACACUCGUGGGGCGAUAUCCCGAGUCACCAGAAGAAGGUCAGUGAGCGAUUUCGCGAGACAGAGAACGUGCAACGGGCUUUCUCUGGGAUGGAAGAAAUCACAGAUUCCCUGGGGGAACGGAGUGGACACAGAGCCAAUCGGGGAGACAUGCAGGCGCUGGAGGCGUGGUUGCAACUUCGGGGACUGCAUGCAGCAUUCGACAAGGUGAUAUUCUAA